UGCUGUAACAGUUAAAGAAUAAAUAGCCGUUAUACAGACACUACUCUGCUUGAAAGUAUACAAAAUAGUAGACAUUUCUUUACUAUGAAGGCAUAUUUAGCGUUUGUAGUAGCUGCAGUGUUAUGUGGUGUACAGGCUAUUCCUGCAGAAAUAUCAUUGCUAGAGCGCAUGGAAAAAAUGGAAAACACGGUUGCAAAUUUGAUGUCAAGUUCUCUAGCAAGAAAUAAACGGGCUUUCGUCGAAUCAGGCGUAUCAUUCUCCGCAGUUCUUGAUGAUGCACUGUUUAAUAUCGUAAUUGGACAGACCAUUGUUUUCAACAAAGUGUUCCUUAACGAAGGAAACGCAUACAAUGCCCAAAAUGGCGAGUUUACGGUACCAAUGGACGGCGUUUAUCUCUUUUCUUACUUUGUAGCCGAAAUAAACAAUGAUCAGAUUGUUUUACGACUUGUAGUCAAUGGUGAAAAUAGAGUUGAUGCCGUCGCUGAAGGUUUGCAAGAUCGUCAUAAUGAUCAGGGAGGGAAUUUAGUGAUAUUGAGGCUGCAUGCGGGGGAUACAGUUUUGAUUCAGGCAUAUGAUACUUCAAACGUCCAUAUUGACGGCGGUGCAAAUUACUGGUAUACGUCGUUUUCUGGUGUCCUAUUGUAUGCAUAGAGACUGGAAUAAUAGAAUAUAUUCAAGAUGUAUGUUUUGGACUGACGUUGCUGGUGCCGAUCUUGAUGUAUUUAAAUUUUAACAUAGAUUCUUUAGUUUUUUGUAUUUUAUAGAAAAUUUAAAAAAAUGGA